AUGAAGUACUCCUGUGCGCUGCUCCUUUUGGCCAUCCUGGGAUGCUGCCUGGUGAGCCUGUCGAGAGCUGCCUCAACCACAGCCGCAAGCACAACCGCUACGACGGAGGCCUCCACCGCCGCCUCCACCGCCACCGACGCCACCACCACCACCACCGCCGCCACCACCACAGCCGCGUCCUCGGCCACCACCACGACCGAGUCGUCCUCGAACACCACAACCACCACAGCUGCUUCCUCCGGCAAAAAGAAGCACGUGACCCACUACAAGCGCAAGACCCACCGCCCCAAGAAGGUCACGAAGAUCCACCACAAGAGGAAGAGCAGCGAUUAA